CUGGCGCAUACAACGGAAUCUGGUGGCGGUGUGUGAAGCGCGUCUGGUCCUAACCGCGGCCGGCCGGACUGCGGCACGGCUCGCUCAGCAGCAUCCUGGGGUGUUGUCCCCGCUGUUCCUCCUCCCCUCACACCCCCGGGCGAACCGAGGAACCGGCGCCAUGGGCGGGGAGGAGGAGAUCGUGCGCAUCGCCAAGCGGCUCGACAAGAUGGUCGCCAAGAAGAGCGCGGAAGGAGCAAUGGAUUUGCUGAAGGAGCUGAAAAGUAUGCCAAUAACUCUGGAUUUACUGCAGUCUACCCGUAUUGGGAUGUCUGUGAAUGCGCUCCGGAAGCAAAGUACAGAUGAAGAUGUGAUUGCACUUGCCAAAUCACUUAUCAAGGCCUGGAAAAAACUCCUAGAUGCCUCAGAGGAUAAGAGCGAUGAGAAGAAAAGGAAUUCCUCUUUGCCCGCUUCCUCUUCAAAGGAGAGCAGUGACUCAAGAGACCAAAGCUCCACCAAAAGACAGGACCAUCCGAAGACCCCCACCACUCCCAAAAUCACUACCUUCCCACCAGUGCCUGUCACAUGUGACACCGUGCGUAACAAGUGCCGUGAAAUGUUGACUUCUGCUCUACAGACAGACAGUGACUUCGUGGCCAUCGGUGCUGACUGUGAGCAGAUUGCUGCCCAGAUUGAAGAAUUUAUAUACCAAGAUGUUAAGAACACCGAUUUGAAGUACAAAAACCGUGUCAGGAGCCGCAUUUCCAAUCUGAAGGACUCCAAGAACCCUGACCUCCGCAAGAACGUCUUGUGCGGCGCCAUCAGUGCAGAGCAAAUUGCAGUGAUGUCCUCAGAGGAAAUGGCGAGCAACGAGCUGAAAGAGAUCCGGAAAGCCAUGACCAAGGAGGCCAUCCGGGAGCAUCAGAUGGCUAAAACGGGAGGGACCCAGACUGACCUCUUCACUUGUGGAAAGUGCAAGAAAAAGAACUGCACCUAUACCCAGGUGCAAACCCGCAGUUCAGAUGAGCCAAUGACCACUUUUGUUGUGUGCAACGAGUGUGGGAACCGCUGGAAGUUCUGCUGAGACGCCUCCGGUGGGAGCAGGGACAGCCAACCCCGGCCCGGACCUCCGCCGUGCGCUCCCCUGACGUCGCCAGCACAUUUUGUACUGUUUUUGUCGCCGAGUUUGCUUUGUGCUCUGUACAUCAUCCAGGUGAAGAGGGCCCAGCUGUAGCCACGCCUGUGGGAAAGAGCGGCGUCUGGGAAGGCACCAGAUGAGAGGUCAUGUGGACUGACCACCUUAUCAGUAUUGUGAGGGUUUGGAACAGUAUUAAGCGUUUUUUUGUGUGUUUUCUUAAAAACAUAUGCAUAUUGGCCAGGCGUCUAGUCUUGAAUCUCAAAGGGCACAAUAGCUUCUUGCCACGUUCCUCGGCUCCAGGAAUUCUUAAGUUAUGUCAGCACUGGUUUGCUUGGGCUGGUAAGAGCCACAAGCUAGUUCUAGACCCCAGGAAAGGGUUGUACGUUAUGACUCUGGGCCAUCACCUCCAGUCAGCUAAUGUAGCUUAAGGAUAGAUUGGGGAAAGUGCUGCCUCUUGCAACUGGAAGAAUGCAGGCAGCAUCUGCACGGGAGGAGAGCCGACCACUCCUGGGAAAGCGCCGGCUGCUUCUCCUUCCCUUUGCUGCACCUAGCAAUCUGUGCCAUUUUUAUUAUUUUUUUAUUUGGUAUGUUCCAUGUACAGUUGCAAACGAACAAAACAAUAAAAUUCCUAAACGAACAA